CCUCUUGUCACGUUCUGUGGCGAAUGUUCACGUAUGUAUGUUUUCUAAUGAUAACACGGGCGUGUGAGGGCUGUGUCACAGAGCCUCUGAGCGAUAUGGAGGAAAGUGGCCCCGGGAGGAAAUGGUAACCCAAACAGAGCCGAGGGGGUCCAAGUUCAAUAUGGCGGACACAGAGGUGGCAUCCCAAAGUGGAGGCUACGACGUGGAGUGGUUUGUGGAAACCCCAGAUUACGAUCUCAUCUGCACCAUCUGCCAGGGGGUCCUGCGUUGUCCUGUCAGAGCAACGUGCCACCACAUUUUCUGCAAGAAGUGCAUUUUACGGUGGCUGAAAAGACAGGAGACGUGCCCUUGCUGCAGAAAGCCCAUUAACGCGUGCAAGAUCUAUGUCAUGUUCAGACUGAGCAAGUCGAUUGGACACUUGAAGAUAAAGCAAAUGGCGGACGACGCCGGUGGUAGAGGAGGUUUUCGCGGAGGUUUCGGCCCAGGUGGCCGGGGUCGUGGCCGUGGACGCGGCAGAGGCCGUGGUAGAGGACGCGGUGCCCGGGGCGGCAAGUCCGAGGACAAGGAAUGGGUCCCUGUAACCAAGCUGGGCCGCCUGGUUAAGGACGUGAAGAUCAAGUCCCUGGAGGAGAUCUAUCUCUACUCUCUGCCUAUCAAGGAGUCUGAAAUCAUUGACUUCUUCCUGGGUUCGUCUCUGAAAGAUGAGGUUCUGAAGAUCAUGCCUGUCCAGAAGCAGACCAGGGCUGGUCAGCGCACCAGAUUCAAGGCUUUUGUUGCCAUUGGCGACUACAACGGCCACGUUGGUCUGGGAGUGAAAUGCUCCAAGGAGGUGGCCACUGCCAUCCGCGGCGCCAUCAUUUUGGCCAAGCUGUCCAUCGUCCCAGUCAGGAGAGGUUACUGGGGUAACAAGAUCGGCAAGCCCCACACCGUACCCUGCAAGGUGACCGGUCACUGCGGCUCGGUCCUGGUGCGUCUCAUCCCUGCACCCCGUGGUACUGGCAUCGUGUCUGCUCCUGUGCCCAAGAAGCUGCUCAUGAUGGCUGGUAUUGACGACUGCUACACCUCUGCAAGAGGCUGCACUGCCACGCUUGGCAACUUUGCCAAGGCCACCUUUGAUGCCAUCUCCAAGACUUACAGCUACCUGACCCCUGAUCUCUGGAAGGAGACCAUUUUCACCAAGUCUCCCUACCAGGAGUACACCGACCAUCUGGCCAAGACUCACACCAGAGUGUCCGUGCAGAGAGAGCAGGCUGUCCAGGCAGCACCCACCUAAACUUUUUGUACGGUGGAACUGUUGAAAUAAAUGUCCUGAGAGUAAAA